AUGGUGACCAGUCUCAGUGCCUACCGCUUCCAAGAUGGCACAUUCGACCAGUUCUUCGAUGCUUUCAUGAGCGAGGACGUCGCAGGUUACGGUAACUACUUCGAUCACGUGGUUUCCGGAUAUGAGCUCAAAGACAUACCCAACGUGUUUUUCGUGACAUAUGAGAACUUGACGAAAGACACCCGAGGCACUGUUCUGAAGCUUGCGCGCUUCUUGGGAGACAGCUAUGCAGUAGAUUUAGAAAAGGAUAAUCGGAUGCUUAAUGAGAUGCUUGAACGAUGCUCGGCAGAUCACAUGAGAGAGGCGAUGGUCGCGGACCUCCGCACAAACUCAAAUCCUGGCAUCGACAAGGUGCUGCGGCGCCUUGACGAGAAUUGCAAAGAUGGACACAGCGGAGACAGCAAGAAGUACUGCUUCGUAAGAGAAGCCAAAGUGGGUGGGUGGAAAAGGUACUUUUCACGGGAACAGCUGCGGCGCUUGGAAGAAGCGAUAAAGAAGGUAGAAGAAAUAUCGCCGGUGAUGGAGCUUUGGAACGACAUACGUGAAGAGGCCACUGCGGCGUCAACUGACAAAUAA